GGUGUUUGGUGGGUGUCUGGGUGUCGGUGCACGGUGGCGGUGUGGUGCAGGCCGGGCCCAGUGCUGCAGGUUGUCCUGUAGGCUGCACGCUGUUGAUGUCAGGAGCAAAGGAGGGGAACGUGAGGAAUGGCUGAACACUAACCGCGCGCUCUCACGUAAAGGAAACAAACCACGACGUUAUAUCAGCGCGAGCGACUCGCGCGCUCGAGAAACUUACCGUCGCCGAAUCGGCGUCUUCAACAGCCGCCGCUCGGUUUUACAAAUUUAACGGGGCAACGAAAAUGCAAAAAACGCAAGGUAGGCUUCCGCUCCUGUCGCCAGCGCUGCUUCUUGAUUUCAACGGACACGGCGUCGCUUCUGCGAAACACAGUCGGCUGUUCUUCGAAGACAGCGUUUGAUUUUGAGGCGAAAGUGGAUAUUUUGUGUGUGUAUGCGCGUGCGAAGUGUUUUGUUUGGAAAAGGAAGGGGGGGGUCGGGGAGGCUUCACCUCAUGCCUCAGCCCAGUAUGAGAAGUCGACGUCCGGAGUAGAUUUUACCACAAAGGCCCGUUGAGUUUUCACCUGAAACUACGAGAAAAUGCGUGUGGGUUUGUUUUGGGUAUGUUUGUGGUGCUUGGUCGGUCCCGGUGCCGCCGGUGAAGGACGCUCCAACCCGGCCGCCUGCUCGCCCUCCUGCAGCUGUGAUGAAGAUGGGGGAGCAGACUGCUCCGGCAGAGGACUGACCUCCGUCCCGGCUGGUCUCAGUGCUUUCACGUACUACCUUGACCUCAGCAUGAACAACAUCACUGAGCUUCCAGCUUAUGUCUUCAAGAACUUCCCCUACCUGGAAGAACUGCGCCUUGCAGGGAAUGACCUGUCAUUCAUUCACCCUGACGCCCUGUCUGGACUGCAUCAGCUCAAAGUCCUGAUGCUCCAGAAUAAUCAGCUGAAAACUGUGCCGAGUGCACCACUAAGGAACCUUCACUCUCUUCAGUCUCUUCGCCUGGAUGCAAAUCAUAUUACCACAGUUCCAGAGGACAGCUUUGAAGGCCUUCAGCAACUACGCCACCUCUGGUUGGAUGAUAACAAUCUGACGAAGGUUCCCAUUGGUUCUUUGAGACAUCAAGCUAACCUACAGGCUCUCACAUUGGCCCUCAACAGCAUCUCUAACAUACCAGACAAUGCUUUUGCAAACCUCACCAGUCUGGUUGUGCUGCAUCUUCAUAACAACAGAAUCAAAGAGAUAGGAGAAAACUGUUUUUCUGGAUUAGUCAACCUGGAGACACUAGAUCUUAAUUUCAACAACCUCAUGGCUUUUCCCAAAGCAAUAGAGGCUCUUCCCAAACUCAAGGAACUUGGGUUUCACAGCAAUGACAUAGCAUCCAUACCUGAAGGAGCCUUCCAUCAUAACCCUCUGCUGAGAACCAUCCAUCUUUAUGACAACCCUCUGUCCUAUGUGGGUGCCUCAGCUUUCCAGAAUCUGUCUGACCUGCACUCUCUGAUGUUGCGUGGGGCCAGUAUGAUGCAGGACUUCCCCAUCCUUACAUCGACGAAUAACCUCGAGAGCCUGACUCUGUCUGGCACCAAAAUAUCUUCUAUACCUGCUGAUUUGUGUGAGGAUCUGAAGUUCCUUCGAACUCUAGACCUAUCCUACAACAAAAUCAAAGAAUUACCAUCAUUCCAUGGAUGUGCCACACUGCAGGAGAUAAGCCUUCAACACAACCAUAUUCAACAAAUUGACAGAGACACAUUCCAAGGCAUGUCUGCUCUACGUUUGCUAGACCUGAGUAGGAAUGAAAUCAGAUUCAUCCACAGAGACUCCUUCCUCACUCUCACUGGGUUAACCAACUUAGAUCUGAGUAUGAACUCGUUGACUGCGAUCCCAACAACUGGACUUAGUGCCCUCAAUCAGCUUAAACUCUCAGGAAACCCGCAGAUGAAAAAUGUGCUGUCUGCCAAAAACCUGCCCCAACUCAGGUCCAUAUCUGUUCCAUAUGCAUAUCAGUGCUGUGCAUUUGCUGGAUAUGACACAACAAGUACAACUGAUGAAACGGCCAUGAAGAAAUCUACAGGCGGUGAGGAUGUGGAAAGAGUCUCUAUGCUUUUGCAUUGCUCUCCUUUACCAGGAGCCUUCAAACCUUGUGAGCACCUCUUGGGCAACUGGAUGAUUCGUCUGACCGUCUGGUUCAUCUGCCUGGUGUCUCUGGUCUUUAACAGCCUGGUGCUAGUGGCCACCUUCUCCGCCACUCAUCGUACACCUCACCACGCCCACUCCCUGACCCCAUCGAUCGCUGCAGCCAGGCUCCUGAUGGGGCUGCUGGCACUGACAAACCUCCUCACGGGCCUAUAUGUUGGCGUGCUGACUGUGCUGGACUUGGCUACCUGGGGGUCCUUCGCUGAAUUCGGCGUUUGGUGGGAGAUGGGGCCUGGCUGCAAGAUCACAGGAGUUCUGUCAGUUUUCUCAUCCGAGUGGGCAGUUUUGUUGCUCUUACUGGCAGCGGUGGAGCGCAGUGUGGCCGUUCAAGCAAUUCUUGGGAAGGUAAUGAUGUUACCCAGGAGGAACGGCGGAAGCCAUCGUGGAUUCUGGAGAGGAGACCGACGAUUCAGCAUCGCUGCAGGACUGCUGGCACUGUUGGCUGCUGCCGGAGCCUGUCUGCCUCUUAUAACCUCCAGCAGCCUGUCUGCUUCUCCUCUCUGCCUGCCGUUUGCAGGUGGUGAGAGUCCAGCUUUGAGUGUUACCGUCGUCCUGGUGCUGUUCAAUGCACUAGCUUUCUUGUUCACUGCUGGUGUCUACACCCAGUUGUACUGCCGUCUGGGCAGGGCGGAGCUGGCCGAUCCCGAGCAGACAGGUGCACUGCGUCAUGUAGCCUGGCUGAUCUUCACCAACUGUAUAUUUUUCUGCCCUGUGGCUGCAUUCUCCUUUGCUCCUGUCUUGACUGGGUCUGGCUCUACGGCUGGUGGCCCAGAGAUAGCAAAGUCAGUCACCCUCAUCUUCUUCCCGCUGUCUGCAUGCCUCAACCCAGUGCUUUACGUCUUCUUCAGCCCAGCUUUCAGGGAGGACUGGCUGAGACUGCGCGGCCGCAGAGGUCUGCCCAGGGAAGUGAAAGCCGGUAGCAAAAGUCCCAGAGUUAGCGGUGGAGGCUCAGAGGUCACAUAUGGAGGUUCCUCCACACACCUAGGCUUUGACUGUGGGGUGUACUCACAGCUGUGUGGAGAAACAGUUGUGUGCGAGCAGUGUGAAGCAGUGCUGCAUGCCAGGACCUGCUCCUCAUCCUCUUCCUCGACAGUCUGCAGACAUUUGCUGAAGUCUCAUAGCUGUCCCACCCUUUUAGCAGGAGCUACAGUGAGCCAGCGUGCUGAGGGGUUUUGGGCAGACACCGGCACACCUUCUGCUCAGUCUGAAUACGCAGAAGAGGGGGACUCAUUCGGUUCGGACAGUUCAGACCAGGUGCAGUCCUGCGGCCGGGCCUGUUUCUGUCAGAGCCGAGGCCUUCCUCUGGUGCACUACUCCUACAACAUACCUCGAAACAAGGACUGAAGCAGCCUUCAUAGCGACAGCACGUCUCUGAGCACAGUUCUGUCUGUUAUGUGAAUUUAAAUCCUAUUUGAAUUUUUGUGUAACAACAAAAUUGUGCCAACCACCCUGCCAAUCGACGAUUCAGGAAGCACUUAUGUUUGUAUGCACCCGGUCUCUUAAAGGGAACUCAGUAUGCUUGCCGAACUUGUUCUUAAGUGCAUAAUUUCCACCCCCACCCCCUACUAAGGUGGUCGAAUUUAGCCCAGUUAAGCACACCCUGUUUCAAAGGGGUUGACAAGAGAUGUUGCAAAGAAAAAUCUUCCCACGAGUGCCUGCGUCUCACUUUAAAUUUGAUGGGCUGUUGUGCUGUUCACAGUCUCAAAUUAUGCAUCUGUCAUCAUAACAAAGAUUUGUGAUUUGUUUGACCUGUACACUAAACUUCUCAAGUUUUUGUUAUAUCUUGUUAAAUUUUUUGAAACUCUACAGCAAACUGUUGAGUUAAUGUUUUUUUUUAACCUAUAUAAUGUAGCACAUGCAAUAAUCAUUCUUUAAAAUUGGUUUUCGGUGGGCUGUCUGUUAAUAACAAGCUCAAUCAGUUCUUGCUACCUAGCGUGGUAACGGUGUGAGUAUAUGCCAGCGUGAAACACAGUUCUUCGUGUUAAAUUACAAAGACUAUGAAUGUGAUGAAAGUAGCAGAUGUCACUGUUUAAACAACAGCAGUACUUUGUGGGUUUGUGCUGUUGUUUGCUUUUUGGAGCUGCACGAAUGUCUGGAUGGAGAUGAUUUCAGGUUUAUGAAACAUGGCCUUUGAUGACUUUAUACACUAAUUCGAGCAUUCACUAGAACAGCAGCACUUCUUAAUGUGAACAUGUAAAAUGUUUAGUCCUUCAUUGAAAUGUUUGGCUGGUUUUCAUGAAUAAUUCCAUUAGUUUUAAAUCUUAUUUUCUGGUUGUUGCCGUCAUGCCGAUUGAUAUGACUCAAGCUGUGUUUGUUUUAGUUACGUAACUGCAGACCUACAGAUUGUCAUCAGACCAAGAGAAACAGUUGAUGAGACCUGCUGAGAUCUGCUUUUUUGAUUAUCUGUGGCUACAGCAAAAGUCAGACAAUUCUGGAGGGUUUUGCACGACAUUUUGAUCAUGUGAUCAAGAACAAGAAGUGCUCAGAGAGCACAGACCUCCAGCAACAUUUAAGGAUAUAUUGUAACCACAGAAUGCAUAAAGAGAAUCCUGAUUCUCCUUAUUGUGUAAAAGCUGGCUUCGUUAUUUAUGUUGGGGGAGUGUAAGGUAACAAAUUGGGCUGUAAACCUGCAACUAUUUUUUCUACAUAUUCUGUGAGUGUGCAAACAUAAUAUUUAUUUCUGAUGAACAGAACAAGAUCUGUUUCAUAAAAGUUUAAUCAUUCUCAUAAAUGCAACCUGUUGAAAAUUCAUAGUUUGAUCCAUAAAAUCUAGAUUUUUAUAGGAUAUGCACCAAAUUAAAUAUAUUAUUGAAAUGUCACCCUAAUGUGAAUACUUGAUUAUUAUUAUUAUUAUUAUUUUAAUGAUCUAUGGAUAUAUUUCUGAGAAAUUGAUGAAAAUCUAUUAAAUUGUGCUAUUACACAAUAUUAAAAUAAAAAAAAAAAAAACACACAAAUAUCCUGGAUCCCCUCCAAAAGUUAUUGGUUUCCUCCAUGGCCCAUUCUCAACCCUUCCACCAAGUUUCAAGAAAAUCAGUUCAGUAUUUUUUGUAUAAUUCUGCUAAAAGUCAAAUAACACAAACCAUUAUGUAACUGGUGGAUGUAAUGUCGAACACCCUCAUCUGUGACUCAAAUAACUGCCCAUUAAAACGUGCACUUAACUGAAUGCAUGAAAGGAUGCCCACUGAUCCUUAAUUUAAAAUGUGCAAAAAAUAAAAACAUUAUCUUGUCAGCACUAAGCUAAAACAUGAAUAUUAUCCAACUGAAGCACAUGCAAAAAAAAAAAAAAAUGGGGUGAGCAGAGCAGAAGGAUGGUAGUCAGCUGAAUUAAGAAAUGUGCAAACAGUGCCAAAAGUGAUCAUAUGGUUCAGAAUUAUUCAGCCACACAGUUAUAUAAGCACAAGUAAGUGCAGUGUGUUAAUGCAUUAAAAUGAUUAUUCAUGCAGACUCCCUCCUCCUGCAUGUACCUUAUCAAUCUUGCACAGUUAUAGACAGAGGGACUUGGUGCCUGUCCUUAAUGUGAGGUAAUUAACACAAGUUGGAGUUACUACUAACAGUGGCACAAAAUUAGCCACAAAUUGUAAUUAUGCUGACAAUCUGGCCAUGUUAUAUUGUCUAGUUCAUAUUUAGUGUGCAGGUUUUUCACAAAGCAUGAUUACAUUGUAAUACGUAUUAUUUUGGCUCUUUAUCCUGCAGUGAGAGCUGAUCUAAAUGUUACCGUGUGUGCGGUAUGUCUGGUGCAUGAAUGUCUGGUGGAUCCAUCCUCAGAGCAUGUAUCCACAAGUGCACAUCAUGUGAGUGCUCAGGAAUGUAAGGAAAAGCUUUCUUCUAUCGCUGUUCUUGUGUCUUGUGCAAAACGCACCAUUUACUUUGUUUCCCCGAGCCGGUUGUCAUUUUCUUCUACACUUUUUGACUUGGUGUACAAUUUCUAGCACAAACCAAAUAUUGUCAAAUAAUUGUUCGAUGUGUGUCGUGUCCCAUCUUUAUCUAAAAAUAAAUCGAUCGUUCUGUAGUAGUUUUGUUAAUUGUAUAUGUAAAUUAUUUUGAAACAAUCAAGAAUGGGAUGCUAACAAAGGAAGCUACCUCCUCAGCUGUAGUGGCGACCAGCAGUGCUUUGUAAAAGAAAGUUUUUGCCUUUCUUGUUACACUCUUGGCUUUAUGUUGAUUGUGUGUUUGUGCAUCAUCAUUUUAGUUAAGUCAAAUUGUGGGAGGAAUCUAUGUACUGUAUACUGUGAUUUAUUUUUUUUAACCAGACUUUAAACUACAAAAAAGACAUAUCUUUUAUAGAUUGUAAACAUGCAGAAUAAUAGAGUAUAAAAGUAAUUCAGUUAAUUUCAGUUUGUUUAAUCUUACUGUAGGUUUUCAUGUGACACACCAACUUGUUUUGUUCUGUAAAACUAGAAAAAUAAUUACAAAUUGUGAAUAAAGAAAAGUGAAAGAAC